AGGUUGUCUGGGAACCCGCUGAAUUUGGAACUCUCAAGGUUAAUGUUGAUAAUACUACAUCAUUUCUAAUCUCGAUGGAGAGGCAGAGGUCUUUCGAAGUUCUUCAUGUUGAUGAUGAAACUUUUAACCUAGAGAAUGAUAGUCUUGUCGAAAGUGUCUACUUGGUUUCUGAGCAAGCUGUUUCUGAUGAAUCACCUUCUUACACUGAGGUUUCGAAGUCUGACAAGUCAGAGGAUUCUCUAUCCACAUCGACGUUCGAUUUCGUCAAACUGGACUGCGACCAAAACCAUGCUGCCAUUACACAACCCUCUGCAUCUUGUAACUUGGACCAGUUACAUUGUCUAAGCAUACCUAAUGAGCAAGAUCCAACUAUUGUAUAUGAACAAUCAUGUAUCCAAUCGUCAACGUACUCUGAAAUAAAUGCGUCUGAUCGGAUACAUUUUUACUUCCGUGAUUUUCUUUUGGGAGGCAUAAUUUUCAGUUUGCUUUUAGGUCAUAUGCUAUAUUCUGAACAAUGUUAUAAAAAUAGAAUUGCUGGUUGUGAAAUUGAACGUGACAAAUUAUCAACAAACAUUUCUUUUCUAUCGACUGAAAUUUUACAAAAAGAUACAGCAUAUCGACACCUGGAAAUUAAACAUAAACACCUUAAAAAUGUAACAAAUCAAUUGCAUUCAGAUAUAUCUAUACUAACAGCUGAAUUACGUGACAAAGCCCUAGCUUACAAUGAAUUAAAAUCAGACUACAAAUAUGUCAGUGAUAAAAUGAAAGAGUUAACCAAUGAAUUGCGAAAAUUGAAAUUUGCGCUUAUGGAUUUGAAACGCUCUUCGCUAUUUUUUCCCGGUAUCAGAUUGAUCAAAGAUAUCUUGUGUAAAAUUUUAAGCGUCUGCCCUGAUCUAGAUGGAGAGUAGACAAAUAAAUGGAUUAAAAUUGAGCCGUGUCUUCGGGACAGAAUAAAGGAUAAUAUAUUUUUCUUUUCUCAGUUGUUUUCGUCAUCACAUUUCCUUAUCUCGUUAAGUUUUAUUUUGCGUAAUUUUGGCGUAAUUUCGUCUAAAAUCUCUUUUAUCUUACAGCUGCUAAUGUAAACAUUUAUACCAAAAGAUUACUUAUAAUUUAUCUUCGUUAUAUACUUCAUCUUGAGAAUUUUCCUUCAAGUAAUUACGUCACAGUUUAAACAGUAUCAUAUAAACUAUAACACAAAUAGUCCGAAAUAAAUUCAUACAAAAAUAGAAUGAAGUCUCGAUCUAUUCGGUUCUUCUCCAAUAAAUAAAUAAUGUACCACUAUGCUUCUCUUGUUUACGAUAUAUAUUUCAAUUAUUUGGUUCUGAUAUAGUUUGAUUUUAACUAAUUUGCAG